AUGCUCAAAAGGGAAGACUCCACAUCGACGUACACUCGGUUCUUCGACAAAGUUAUCUGCAUUCUUCACGAAGACGGAGAGAGUAUAAUCGCACUCGCAGAGCAGAGUGAUCCCAGGGAGUUCUACCGCGAUAGACCCGGGUGGGCGACUAUAAAAUUGCGUAAAGCAUACGAGCAUCUAGACGGCGCUCGCCAUCCGCGAAUAGUCAGUAUUCUUCUCGAAAAGCUCUGCCCCGGCCCACUCCAAGACCUCGAACUUCCCCAGCAUGUCAAUCGCACUAUGCUCUCCUUGUAUUACCGCUGGGCGCUCCAAACACUCUCCGCAUUACUCUUUCUGCACUCGCACAAUAUAUACACAUGUAACUUCUCCUCACAUGGGACCUGGCUACGUUCAGAUUUCUCCGUCGCUGUUACGGGCUUUAUCUGUGCUGUCAUCGACGGCGUGAAAGACGAAGAAAAUUACGGUGAGAGCGGGGGAUGGAUAGGCGACGAGGAGCCGUACUGCGGUAAUAUGGAAGGUAGUGUGGAUGAUUGUCGGGGCAGUGUCAAGGAAGAUCUGUAUUAUUGGGCGGUAUGGGUUUUUUGGCUCAUGGUUCGGGACCGACCCCAUUCGGACCUAUUCGAGGAGCUCGAAGACGAGCGACUAGGGCCCGUUCUCAACAAGGUUUGGGAAGACGGAUACGAUCGCACCGAAGAGGUGGUUCGAGACAUCAAGAUGUAUGCUGAAAGGGCGGGAAUCAACGUGGUGGGAGAUGAUGAGGUGGAUAUCGGACGGCCAUGGGGUGAAGAGUUCGACAUUAUGGCGAAAGAAGAGGUCAUUUUUGAAUUGAAGCCAAAAAACCUGCCCGACCGUUUCAGACGGCUAAACCAGAUAAUGCCAAGGGAGUGGCCAACAGUGGAAGAGAGCGCUAUGCUUUUCAACAAGGGACAAAUCAAAGGGAAGAGGUGA